AUGGUGAAAGAAAUGCGCUCAGCCAUCAGGGAGGAGAUCCAGGAGGUGCGGAGGGAUAUUACCGCCCUGGAGCAACAAGUUACAGACCUGGAGGCAGACUGCAUACAGGCCUCCCAAGCAGCGGAUAAUGCCACUUCACGGCAAGGCACGGUCCUCCUGGACCUGAGAAGACAGGAUGAAGACCUGGAUAAUCACGGCGCCGUAAUAUCAUACGCGUCAGGGGCCUGACUGAACAGGUAGGGGAAGACCUCGUGGCCAUACUGACCCAACUCUUCACACAGAUACUGGGGGAGAAUGCACCUGACACAUACAACAUUGAAAGGGCCCAUAGAGCCCUCCGACCCCCGAGGAAUGAUGGUCUUCCCAGGGAUAUUGUAUGCUGCCUGCUAGCCUUCCACCUGAAAGAGGCCAUCAUGCGAGCAGCCAGACCACAGGCCAUUACUUUCAUGGAUGCACAGGUGUCUCUAUUUCAAGACCUCUCACCCCUGAUGCUGGAAGCUCGUCGUGCACUGAGCCCGCUCACCCGCUUGCUUCAAGACAGACGGAUCCCAUACAAGUGGGGCUACCCGUUCAGCCUGCAGGGACGUAAAGACAACACCUGGCGCAUGCUACGAUUGCCGACCGAUGUGCCUGGGUUCCUGCGAGCCCUGGAUCUGCCGGCGGUGGCAAUCUCCAACUGGAUCUUGAUAGGUCCGCCGCAACAACCCGCAGACCCUGCCAGGCCACUCUCUCCAGGUAACAGAGGGGGUAGGCCCCUGAGGAGAGGGGGACCGGACGCACCGGAAGAAUAA